GUCCCGCAUGACUCUUGCGGGGCUCGUGCUGCUGCUUAUCGCUGGCCCGUAGCGCGUCGAGCACUCACAGCAAAGUGAGACGUGUGCAAGUCAAGUCACGAAUGGACAGGUCACACGCUUUGACGCACCCCAUACAGGAGACGAGGAGACAGAGACACACGAACCAGCGCAUCCGACCUGCCUCAUCUCGCCUGUCGCCUACCACUACGCCAGCUUGCGACGGCAUUACAGCCCUUUGCACGGACCGCCGCGCGUGUUCCGUUCAGCCGUUCUUCACGCUCGCGACGCCCGCGCUUGGGCCCCUCCGCCUCGCCGCACCUUGCAUCGCCAUCUCACCCGCGAUACGGGCACCGUCAGAGCCAAGCAUAUGCUGGCUUCGAUUGCUUCUGAUUCUGCAUGCGCAGGGUGGCCCACAAGCAAAUCGAGUCGAAGCCGCGAAUGAUCGAGGCAACGGCGGCUUGCAAGACACCGCGUUAUUGACAACCUUCUGGGCCGGACGCCCGAUGCCAACCCUCCACGCUCGGUUCUCCACCUCGGCGAAUCGUCAGCAAUGCCCACGCGAUGACGCAACGUCAAAGUACACUCGAGGAAUGAGCGAUCUGACCACAGACAUCCCCACGCCGUCAGUACCCAAAACCGCCGUCGUGUGGAAUCAUCAAAGGCCAUGCACACGAAUCAGCCGGCGCCGUCGUUUCAGUACUUAAGUGCCAUUCCACGCGCUGCAAUCCUCCAAGACCCCCCUCCUUGUCGUCGCAAACGCCUCAUGUCGCUCAAUCAGACUGCCUUGCUCCCUCCUCGCAU